AUGUUCUACCAAUCUGAACCCAUGCUGAAGAUUCUCCUGACUAUGUGUUUGUUCGCGCUUCUUCCCUUUUCAGCAAAACAGGUUCCAGUGGGUCCGAGCUUCAGUCUCUUCAUGUAUCCAGGAUCUGUUCUUGGGUCAUCUAAACCGCAGGGAGUUCUGAUACCAGUGGCCACAUCUGAACACAACAUACAGCAGCAGUCCAGUCCACGGACAGACCACAGGAGGAUCAGCCCUCUCGGUGUGUAUAAACCUUACGGAUUAAACACAAGCGGUGCGUUUCUCCAGCCUGUAGUUGGCUCUGCUCCUGAUCCCACCCCUGAUCCUCAAACAUUCCCACCUGAAUCUUUAGCUCUACAGGGACAGAUGUCAAAUUUUCUUCCCUUAAACGUCCCCAUGCAGGUGUAUUCAGUUGUACAGCAGGCCGUAAUCGCCGAUUCCGACAGUUCAGAGGAAGGAAAGACGGCACAUGUGAUUUAUUUGAUUCCUGUCAGCGUCGAAUCAUCCAACAUGGGUGUGAUGGAGGGAACCGUCCCGAACCCUGAUCCAGGUCAUCUUCACAUCCAAACCACCAACAGCUCUCCUACCGUCACUCCUGCGGUCCGUCCCGAAGCCCAGCGGCAGUUAGGAGAAUCUGUGGGGCCAAAAACGGUCACAGAGAGACCACAUUCUGGAAAAACGCUGAUAGAUCCUAAACACGGCAGAGGAAUGCAAGACGAGCUGUCCGUUAAAACCAAACCCCUCUCUCCUGCAGGGAACAUCAGACAAUGA